UAGGCCAACAGUGUACCUUAGCCCUCACAACAAGCCCUUACUCCUAUUUCCAGGGAAACGCAGCCCUCGGCCGCGUCCUGGUUGCCGCAGCAACACUCACGGGCUUGUUUAGCCCGUGGUCUCCACAAUCAAGGUGGGGCAGCUGGGCGCCCAGAAGCAAGUGAAUUCAACAGGGUAAAACCAGCAUAGUGACAAAACUGCAUACAGGUGUGGGAGGCACACAGAGGCAGGUACUGGGCGGUUGAGGCUCCAGGAGCAGACGUGCUAAGGAGCCCAGACGCUGCCUCCCUGAGAUCCUGUGCUCUUGCGCAAGAUGAGUUCCACGUCCAGCAAUCCUGAUGAUGGGGACACUGCAGAGCAGUCUCAGCUGGGGCUGGACACCGUGAUCCAGAAGUUGGAAGAAACUAUCCUGAGCCCUACGGCCAGCAGGGAGGACCGGGCACUGACUGUGCGUGGAGAAGACCAGCGGGCCUUACCCACCCCUGUGCCAGCCCGUAUCCGAGAGAUUGUGUCGGGCAGCCUGGGUGAAGAGCCACUCUCAGGGCUACAGGAGCUGCCAGCUACGACAACAACCCAUGCACAGGAGGAGAGUGAGCUCCUGCAGGAGGAGCUGGCCAGGUUGGAGAAGCUGUUAACCCAGGCAGAUGCUGAGCGGGAGGAGCUGGCUAAGAGGUGUCAGACGGUCAGCCAGAGGCUGCAGGCCCGCCUGGAUACCACUGAGGCCCGGCUUCGGAAGUCAGAGCUGGAGCACAGCGUGGACUUGGAGGAGGCUCUUAGCCGGCUGGAGGCCUCACACCAGAGGAGCAUGAGCCUUUCCCAAGUAAACACCCUCCUGCGGGGACAGUUGGAUCACAUGCAGAAGGCUAAUGACACAUUGGCCAGGGAGCUGGCCAGGACAACACACAACUUGCUCCGCCUGCAGGCCAAGUUGGAGCUGCGGGAGACCCAAAGGUUGGGCCUAAGAGAGCCUCGGGACUUCCUCCCUCUUUGGAGACAAGCCAAGGCUCUGCAGACACACCUGGCUGAGCUCCGGGCAGCAGCUGAGAGGGGCCUCACAGAUGUUCGGGCGGAUAUGACACGGACGGCCCAGCGCUUGCAUGCAGCCUGCCUAAACCUUGACUCCCACCUGCAGCUGACAGCCAGCAACACGACCAGUGACCUGGAGCAGCGGCUGAGGGAGCAGACUAGGGAAAUGCUACAGCUGCAGGGCCAUUGGGCUGCUGAAAAGGUGGCGCUACAAGCCAGACUUUCGGAGCAGACCCUACUGGUGGAGAAGCUUUCUGAGCAGAAGGAACAAGGAGAGAGAGCCAUCCUGACACUCAAGGCGGACGUCCAGAGACUGAAAUCCCGGCGCAGCAGUGGCGAGCUGGUGGUGGAUGAACUGAGGGAUGAGAUUGAAGUGCUGCAUCAUGUCCUGACCAGCAUCAAGGAGGUGGCCCAGUCAGAUGCUGUGUGUCUAGACUUAGCCUGGAGCAGCAGUAUUGAAGCCAGGGGGGCACAGGGCCAACUGAGGAGCCCCCUGCAUUCCGUGUCACCCCACCUGCAUGUUUCCCCAACGCGGACCAGCUCUCCAACCAACCUGGACCCUGCACUGCAGGCUGUGCAGGCAGCCAUCGAGAGGCGGCAGCAGCGGGAGCAGGAGCUGUGUCUGAGGCUGGAGUCUUCCCAAGAGGAAGCAGCCAGGCUCCGGGAGCAGCUGUCUGAGUACCGGCAGGAACUGCGGACCUCACAAAGGCUUCUGCAGGACAGGGCGCUAGAGCGUGAGGACCUCCUGGGCCAACUAGAGGCCCAAAGGCAGGAGACACAGCACUGCCAGGCGUCUAUUCAGCUCCUGGAAAGGGAGAAAGUAGCCCUGGAGACCACAACGGAGGAGCUGAGAGCAAAGGCAGACAUUCGGGAGGCGGAGACACGGAAACUGGAGGCUACAAACGCAGAGCUGCGGAGAAGCCUCCUGCUACGGGCAGAGCAGAAAGCUGAGCUGGCCCAGCAGAGUGAGCGGAGCCUGCGUGAGCUGGAGGCCAGCCAGGGCCGCCUGGAGCAGCUGGAGGAGAAGGUCUCCGGGCUCAGGAAGGAGCUGGCCACAUCCCGGGAGGCACUAAGCUCAGUGCAGCUGCAGAGGGACAUUAUGGAGACCGAGAAGGAGAGCCUGCGUGGUGCCCUGACCCGGGCUGAAUCUAGUAACGCUGACUUGGAAUUGCUGGUGACACAGAUGAAGACAGCGGGAAUGGAGGACCGAGACUCACUGGCUAAGAUGGCUUCCCUCAUGGAAGAGCUUUCCCAGGACAAAGGCACCCUAAAUCAUCUGGUACUUCAGCUGGAGCAGGAGCGGGAGCAGCUUUGGGAGCAGCAGAAGAUGCUAGAACAGGAGCAGGCUGGCAUGAGAGAGCAGCUGACACAGGCAGAGGAGCAGCUAGGGCUCAUUCGGGCUGAGCGGAGAACUCUGCAGGAGACUUGUGGGCAUCUGGAACAAAAGCAGGAACAUCUAGAAGGGCAAGUGGCCCUGCUCGGGCAGGAGAGUGCCCAGCUCCGGGAGCAGGUGGCCCAGGUCACAUGCAAGAAACAGGCCCUAGAGAAGCAGCUGGCACAGAGCCUGCAGGACCAGGAGGUCCAGAUGGACAUUCUGCAAGAAGCUCUCCAGGAGAAGAACACGCUGUCUGAGGAGCGGGCCCAACUACUGGCUAAGCAGGAAGCUCUGGAGAGACAUAGUGACCUCGUGACUAAGGAGGCAGCUGAUCUGAGGGCUGAGAGGAACUCUCUGGAGAACAGCCUCCUGGAGGCCCAACAGCUGGCAACACAGCUGCAGACCCAGCAGGAACAGCUAGAAGGAGAGGCCCACGCCACUCAGCUUGCUCGCCAGGCCUUGCAAGUGGAAAUGGAGCGGCUGAAAAGUGACUGGGAAGUCCGAGAGACAAAACUGCAGUGGGAGUUGGGACAGCUGCAGCAGCAGGCCGCACAGCAGGGGCAGGAGGCACAGCUGGCCUUGGAACACCAGGCACUGGCCCACAGAGAGGACCUGGCACGGCUACAUAGGGAGAAGGACACCCUCAGUUUAUCCCUGGCUGAGGAGAAAGAGGUGGCUGCCCAGUGGAUGGAACAACAAAAAGAGAUCGUGACAAAAAAUGCAGCUGAAAGGGAGGCUUUGGAGGAGGAAAUCCGGUGUCUGAAACAGGAACGGGAUGAGAGCCUCCUCCAACUGGAACAUGAGAUGCAGCAGGCCCUGUCUCUGAAGGAUGCUGAGAAGAGCCUGCUGAACAAGGAGCUCUCUGGAGCUAACAGGGAGCUGGAAAGGGCCAGGCAGGAGGCCCAGAGCCAGCAAGCACAAGCUGAGGCCACCAUCACCACCAUGACCAAAGAGCUGAGAACCCUCCAGAUCCAGUUUGAGGAGGCCAUCUCCACCCACCAGAGAGAGGCUGAAACUCUGAGAGAGAAGCUCCGGGAGAUAGCAGCCGAGCGGAGCAGCGUGAGGACAGAGGCUGAGGGGCUGCAGGCACAACUGAACAUGGCUCACGAAAGGCUGGCUGAACUGCGUCAAGAGCUUCAGGACUGUGAGGAAAGCCGUGAGGGGCUACGCAGGGAGGCCUUGGAGGCUCACCGGGCACUGGACAAUGAGGUUCAAGAGAAGGAUUUAUUGCUACACUCCAACACCAAGCUGCGGGCCACCAUCCACAGGGCUGAGCAAGAGAAAGCCAGUUUUAAGCGGUCCAAGGAGGAACAGGAGCAGAAGCUGCUGUUGCUUCAGGAGGCCCAAGUAGCAGCCCAGAAGGAAGCCUGUGAGCUGAGGACCAGGCUGCAGGAAUUGGACCGGGCCCAGGCAGAUGCCCGUCGGAAGCUCCAGGAGUGCCACAGACAGGUAAGGACACUGGAAGCUCAGAACCAGAGGAAGAGGCAGGAGGUGAGUGAGCUGCAGGCCCGAGUCUCUAGAGAUGCACAGCAGCGGAGGAAGAGCUUGCGAGAGUCACUGGAGCUGCAGAGGCAGGUGGCUGAGGCCCAGGCUGCCCGUGACAGUGUCCAGAAGGAGGUUCUAGAGCUCCGGCAUAAGUUGGCCAAAGUAGAGGCAGCAGGGGAGGCCCGGGAAAAGCAGCUUGAGGGGCAUCUCUGUGAGAGUCAGAGGGCUGAGCAGACCCUGCGGGCCGAGCUGCACAGAAUCACAAGGAAGCUGCAAAAGACCAGCAGCCAGGCUGACAGCCUUCAGACCAGCCUGGACAAUGCCUGUAGCCGAAUCCACAUCCUGGAACAGGAGCUGGCCCAGGCUGAGGACACCAGGCGGGAUGCAGAGGCCCAGCUGAGACGGAUGAGCUCCACACUCCGCAGUGGCCUGGGGCUCCGGAGUCAGAACCUCUUGGCCUCUCCAGAGCAGCCCCAAUCUCCCACAAAAGGCAGCUCCCAGACUGGCCCUGGAUGGCAAAGGGCCAGUCCCCCUACUUCAUCCUACUCCCCAGCCCCACGGCCCUCACCUGUACCAGGAGACCCUGACUCAGAGAUCAUCGAUGUGGCCUCCGUAAGGGAUGCCCUGAGGGACUUGGUGCAAAAGCUUCAGGAAGCCCAGCAGGAGCGGGACAACUCUCGCAUCCAGUUGGCCAGUCUGAGCAGCCAGCUGAGCGAGGCAGAGAGUGAGCGUAUCCACCUACAGAGCCGUAUAGAGCAGCUACAGAGGAGCCUGGCAGAUGCAGAGGAAGGCCAGCACAGGGCAGAGAGCGCACUGCACAGUGCCCAGGCAGCUCGGGCCCUGCAGAAGGAGGCAUUCCAAAGGCUGGAAGCAGAGCACCUGGCAAGCACACGUGCCGCAGGCCAGGAGAGGCGGAGGCUGCAGGUGCUCCUGCGGAGUCACAGGGAGCAGGAAGCUGCAGCAACACAGCGAGCAGAGAGGCGAGCCUUGCGAGAACAAACAACUGCACUGCGCACCGAGAGGGCCCGCCUACAGGGGGAGCUCGUGGCACUGCGCACGCGCCUCAUUCAGACAGAGCAGGAGACUCUGAGGAAGGAGGAGGACACAGCGAUGCUGGGGGCUAAGAAGGAGCUGCUGCUCCAGUCGCUGAACAGCCUACACCAGGAAGUAGACGGGGCCCUGCGGCAGAGCCAGCAGCUGCAGGCCCAGAUGGCGGAGCUGGAACAGGCCCACACCCAGCGGCUCCAAGAGCUGGCUACCCAGCACCAGCGGGACCUGGCAGCUGAGGCUGAUAGGCUCCACGAGGCCCAGCUGCAGGCCACACAGGCUCUGGAGUCUCGUGAACAGAUUCACCAGCAGAGGGUGAAGGUUCUGGAGAAGCAGGUGGCUAGCCUGAAGAAGCAACUGGACCAGGAAGUGUGGCGGCAGCGGCAGCAGGCCCACAGUGACUAGACCUUUUGAAGCAAGUAGUGACCUCCA